CUGCAAGAGAAAACUCCGAAGAUUUGUGUAUUGUCUCGAUCCGCCAUGGAAGAGAAGAAGACAGAAUCUGCGACUAAGAACGUUAAAAAGGUUAACUUGUUAGACCACAACGCUAUCAAACAUCUCCUCGACGAAUCCGUCUCCGAUAUCGUUACGAGCAGAGGGUACAAGGAGGAUGUGAGAUUAAGCAACGUCAAAUUUCUGUUAGGAGCGAUUAUAAUUGUGGUUGCUCUUGUUGCUCAAUUCUACAAUAAGAAAUAUGGGAUCUGUUUUGUUCUUGACUCUGGCAAGUAUGUGGUGUUGACUGCGGUAAUGCAGCUGAUUCUGUACAUUAAGGAGAAGAAUGCGAUAUUGUUCACCUAUCCUCUUGAGGGAUCAUUCACCAGCACUGGUUUGGUGGUAUCUUCCAAGUUACCUAGAUUCUCUGAUCAGUACACUCUCACCAUCGACAGUGCUGAUCCGAAAUCAAUCUCAGCUGGGAAGUCAGUUCAGUUCACCAAGAGUGUAACUCAAUGGCUCACUAAAGAUGGAGUUCUUGUUGAGGGUUUAUUCUGGAAAGAUGUUGAUGCCCUAAUCAAGGAGUACAACGAAGCAGAAGAACCAAAGAAGAAGAGAUGAUCAUCUUUAAGAGGGAAAGUAUAUUCAUUUUAGUUCUAAAUGUUGAAAACAUUUUUAGAUAACUAAAAUCGAUGGUGACUUCUUUUCGAGACGACACAAUUAUUUCCCCCAACAGAAGAUUCCUUGUUAUAAACUUUUAACAAAAUU